AUGAGUGCGACGACUCCUUACAGCUGCUGCAAGAGCCCAACCUUACACAGGCCAAAAAGCGCUUCCCAGCAAAGUCUUUGGGCGGUGCCUACAUGUCCAACAAGGAGUCCAAGCUCUUUCGGUGGACGCCGACCAACACAAAGCUUUGGCAGAUCAAACAGGCGUUGA